AUGUGGAAGAAGGAGAACCCCUACUCGAUCGCUAAAGGUCUCCCUCGCAUGUCAUGGCAUCCCAAAAACCUCUUCAAUCUCUACCAGAGGACAUAUGGCGAGCUUGCGAGGGAGCUCAAGUUCACCCAACCCCGGUUGACGCUCUUUCAGCAAAAGUGGCUCUCCAGACGGGUCGUGCGAGCCUACCAUGGCGACUGGAUCCAAGAGAAGAAGUUCUCAAAGCACUACGUUCCCAACUCCCUGCCCGCCAUUCUCGCAGAAUCGGGUAAAUCCGUCAGAGAACACAGCUCGAGAUCGCCCGCCGCGACAGCCACCAAUGAGGAUAAAGCGAGACAAGCCGUCCCGCUUACUUCGCUCAUGUUCAGAGAGGUCGAACGAAGGCUCGACGUCCUCGUCUUCCGUGCUUGUCUCGCCAGCAGCGUCUACAAAGCCAGAAGGAUGGUCAUCCAUGGCAAAGUGAGAGUGAACGGCGACGUGCAACGCGCUGCUGGCUAUCUCGUCCAACCCGGCGAUCUCUUCACUGUCGAUCCUGCAGCAGUUGAAUUGCUCAGACGCCCCGGUCAAGAUAUCGUUGAUGCUCUCGAAUCAGCGACCGAGUCAGAGUCCGAUGAGACAGACGAAGUAGUCGAAGAGACCGACGAAGAGAUUGCCGCCCAGCCUGACCCAAGCCCAAGUACGAGCUCAUUAGCUCCAGAGACGGAGCCACGCGAGUUCCAUCUGCCAGACUAUGCCGCACCUUUUCUCUUCAUUCCCACCUACUUAGAAGUCGACUUUGAGACUUGCUCCGCCGUCUACGUUCGCCAUCCUACCGCCCGAUCGGGCUACAGCGAGAUACCGAGUCCCUACUCUGCCGAUGGCGAAGUCAUGGCGCUCGUAUGGGAGCACUACAAUCAAGUCGGACGACGGAGAAGGGCCAGAACGCCAAAUUCGCUCGGCGGCCGCAUAGAGCCUCUGUAUCUCUGA